UUGGAAAAAGGACAGGGAGCUCCUUGAAUGUGUUGGAGAAGGAUUAAUGAGGGAAUUGUGGUAUGUUGUGAGAAGUGAUGAUAGAAACUAUUCGUGGGAGGGUAAAGUCAAGGGUAGUAGAUAUGUCAGUGCCCUGGAUGAGGUGGCCGUGGGAUCAAGUAAUAUACUAUGGAGGUGAUGGGGGGAUUGUCAGAAAACUCCCUGAUUGUGUUGGGGCAAUAAUGGGGGCAACAUUGGGCAUAUCUCAUACUGCGUGGGGCAGAUAGAGGUGGGUGGUUUAGGGGGUAGGUAAAGAAAGGGGAUUUGUGGAUGCCAGACAUCCUAGAGAGUUGAGGGGUGGAGAACAUUUGUUCAUCUGCUUUCUCCACCCCACCCCUGCCUGUUCCUAGCCAUGGCACAGAGCCAAGGGGAUGAGAACAAGAUAAUUGGUGGUUAUACAUGCAUCCAGAACUCCCAGCCAUGGCAGGCAGCCCUACUGGCAGGUCCCUUUCGUCGUUUCCUCUGUGGAGGGGCCCUGCUCUCAGGCCAGUGGGCCAUCACUGCUGCUCACUGUGCACGACCGAUCCUUCACGUAGCCCUGGGCAAGCACAACCUGAGGAACUGGGAGGCCACCCAGCAGGUGCUGCGUGUGGUUCGCCAGGUGCCACACCCCCAGUACAACUCCCGGACCCACAAUAAUGACUUGGUGCUGCUGCAGCUGAAGCGGCCUGUUCGGCUGGGGAGGGCGGUGAGGCCCAUCACCAUAGCCAGUUCCUGCGCCAGCCCAGGGACUCCCUGCCAUGUGUCAGGCUGGGGCACCACAUCUAGCCCCAUUGCCAGGUACCCCACCUCCCUGCAAUGUGUGAACAUCAACAUCUCCUCGGAUCAGGAGUGUCGGCAGGCUUAUUCCCAUGCUGUCACUCCUGGCAUGGUCUGUGCAGGCGUUCCCCAAGGUGGGAAGGACUCCUGUCAGGGUGACUCAGGGGGACCCCUGGUGUGCAAAGGACAGCUCCAAGGUCUUGUGUCCUGGGGGAUGGAACGUUGUGCCCUGCCCGGCUAUCCCGGAGUCUACACCAACCUGUGCAAGUACCAAACCUGGAUCCAGAAAACCAUACGGAGCAAAUGAUUGCUGGUGUAACUGAGUAUCAGCUGCCCACCUGCUUCCCCAGACCUUGCUCUCUCCACUCAAGACCCAGGGGUCCCAGCCCCCAGCCCCCUCUUCCCUCAGACCCAGGGGUCCCAGCCCCCAGCCCCCUCCUAGCCCCCAGCCCCCUCCUCCCUCAGACCCAGGAGUCCAGACCCCCAGCCCCAUCCUCCCUCAGACCCAGGGGUCCAGACCCCCAGCCCCUCCUC